UGAGCCUAGACGCAAAAACUGUUUCGCGUUGCGCUCUUCCUGGAAUCGGGCCCCAAAAAUCACUUCACCCCACUUCGAUUCUUCUGAUUCUCCUACCCCCCCAAAUCUUUGCACAGAGUGUCCUGUUGCCAGUUCGCCAUGUGCAGUUCGUGGGAUUGCGUGUCAAUGACGAUGAGUAACGACGGCGAACUCGUUGGCGAGUGUCGGCGUACCAUGCGACUCUUGGAGAUGCUGCGUCGUACGCAUUAUGAGCUCGUGCAAGAGAACGGACAGCGACGGUUGACGGCACCAGAAGUGGCGCGCGGCGAGCGGCAGCGGGGUAAGGGCGCAGAAGUGUUCCUGGGGCGUUUACCGCGCGACUGCUACGAGGAUGAGCUGAUGCCGUUACUGGAACAGGUGGGCCGUCUUCUCGAACUGCGACUGAUGCUCGACUUUUCCGGAUCAACGCGCGGCUACGCGUUCGCGUUGUACGAGGAACCGCGGAUCGCCCGAGAGGCGUGCGAGCGUCUCGAUGGCCACGAGAUCCGACCGGGCCAUCGUAUCGGCGUGGUCAAGUCCAUGGACAAUUGUCGGCUCUUCUUCGGCGGCGUGCCUAAGACUAAGACCAAGUCUGAAUUCAUGGAGGAGUUGACUAAAAUACUGGAUGGCAUCACGGACAUCUACUUAUAUCCAAGUGCUUACGAUCGCAAUCUGAAUCGCGGCUUCAUCUUCGUCGAGUUCCAGGACCAUCGAGCAGCCGCGAUGGCUCGGCGCAAGCUCAUCCCCGGCAAAGUGAUGCUGUGGGAUCACGAGAUCGCGGUGGACUGGGCAGAUCCGGAGCCGGGCGAUCCGAUCGACGAGGACAUCAUGCAAACGGUGACGGCUCUGUUUGUAAGGAACCUCACGCUCGAUAUGCCGCAACAGAAGGUGAGGGAGAUUUUCUACAGGCACACGAACGUGCCGAUAUUAAAGCUAAAGAAGAUCAAUCAUUUCGCUUUCAUUCACUACGAAAAUCGCGAAGCCGCGCAGACCGUAAUGGACAUAAUGCAAUAUCCAGGUAGCAUCGUCGAAGAACAAGGUUGGGAGAUCCGUUGGGCGAAACCUAUUGGAGCAUCCAAGAUUCUAGAAAGACAACGAUACAUUCGUGAAGCGGUGGCCAACUCGAAUGUUCAGAAGAUCGAAAUUUCGCGCUCAAAACAAGGCAAGAAACGUUGCAUCAAGGCGAUUGAGAAAACUCAACUCGAAGAUGACAAUGUUUACUUGGCACAGAUGAAAAUUCUGCAGAACUUUGUCCAGGAGAACUUUGAUGCAAUAUGCACCUUUGACUGCAUACAAGUGCAGGAUGUUCCCGGAUAUAUUGGCAAAAUUAUUAUUCACAAAGAUGAGAUAAUCAUGUUCGAAUUUCAAGGGGAACCAAUGGCGUCGAAACAUAAAGCUCUGAGCGCGACCUCCCUUAAAAUGUAUCAAUAUUUGAACGGCGCGAAUCAUGGUACGUAUAACAUUUUGGCUUGUGUUAUAUUAAAAGCUUUUGAUUAUUUUGUUCUCUAUUUGUACGUUGAAUCAAAGGCGAUUUUUACAAAAUACUUCUAUAUACGGAUUAAUUCAAUUCUGACCUGACAACGAAAAACAUGUGUGAUAUUUACAAAAUUUCGAUUUUCAAUAGUAAUCGACAAGUACCGUUUACCAUAAAAUCUCGUUCGCUCUUUGUUUACCUCGUAAAAUAUUUUUGCAAUACACAAUGCGUUGCGUUUUAACGCUAUUUUGCACGUAUUUUUGUAGCGCCGCAGCCAUUGGCACAAUAUUACGUUCAGCCAAGAAUAGACAUGAAACCUGUGAUUGGUGCGCCGA